GUCGUGUGUACAGUUACGGUCUACUGUGUAUGUGUGUCCACUACAUUACUCACCAUGGCAGAUAUGGAUGAUUCGCCCGGAGAAACGCGCGAAGACAUUCCUUUGAAAACUGGAACAAAGAAUGGCAACUUGUGUUCCUGCUGUGAAGACUGUUUUGGUAGCGCUAAAUGCCUCUCCUUCGGGAUCAUAAGUUCGUUCAUCACAUUUGCUUUACUUUUCCAGAUAUAUAAUGGGGAUUAUCAGGUUGUUCCUCAUGGAAGUGUAGCAUCGGAUAGCAGGGAAUGUUCGGAAAUCGGGUCAUCAAUUUUAAAGCAGGGAGGAAACGCUGCGGAUGCAGCUAUCGCCACUGCCUUUUGCUUAGCUGUAGUUAAUCCCCAUGUAACUGGAUUAGACUCCGAAGGACAAUUCAUGUUCUACGGUCAUAAAAGUAAACUUCUACCAGAUGUCAUCGACUUCCGACAAAACCCAAAUAACAGAAUAAACGAGCCAUUACCGAGAAUGGUAAUUGGUUUAGCGUAUAUACAUCAACAAUACAGCUUGCUUUCUUGGAAGCAGUUAAUCCAACCAUCCGUGGAUUUAGCAAAAAAAGGCUUUCUCGUCCCAAAAGCUUUAGUAUCGGCAAUAAAAAAGGCGAAUAUACAGAAUUUAUUUAGUAAUUUGGAACCUGGUCAAAUCAUCACCAUGAUUAAACUUUCCGAGACCCUGCAAAACAUCGCCGAUAUACCUGAAGAAGAUUUAAUCAGUUUUAUAACAUUGGAGAACACUCCCUUGAAAACGGUGUCUCUCAGUGGACGUUUUCAAGAUUACAAUGUGUACGUACCAAAUUCCCCGUCGAUAGGUCCAGAUUUGCUGAAGAUUUUGCAGAUGAUCGAUCAGCACAACUUCACAACUCUGGACACAGUAAAACCGGAAUACUAUUAUAGAUUAGCGGAAAUUACCAAAGAAAUCUAUACUGAGAGAAAUAUUACCACCAACUUUCAUGAAGGAACCUCCUCCAACGUUGCAGUUAUCGACAAAGAUGAUAAUUACGUUUCGCUCGUUACAGGAUUGUACCAAGCGUUCGGAUCUCAGGAGAUAAACUCCGAAGGUUACAUAAUGGAUGUACGAGCGAGGGGUACCACACAAUGCAGCCGUGUACCAUUAAUUAUAACUGAUGCGGAUUUCAUAUGCGGCCGAAGAAUGGUACUUGGAAGUAGCAAUAUUGCUAGUGCUUCCCAAAUUGUACCAGCUUUGCUGAUCGCUGCCCAGAACGCCACUGUUGGAAUUGAAUUCCCAAGAUUCAAUUUGCUUCCUGAUGGUACAAUCGGAUUCGAAGAUGAACAUACACCAUUGUUUAACGACGAAGUUAUCCAGUAUCUGGAAACGCUCGGCCAUCCGGUGCACAUGAAGUUUCCGUACAGUAGCUGUAAUAUAGUUGAGAAAGUUGGAGACAACUUGAAUUCCCAUUCGGAUAGCCGCGGCGGAGGAAUCGCUAGUCGUUUCAGAUAGUCAAAUAUAGUUUUAAAAAUCUCACGUUUACCUCGAAUGUUUCUUUAUGUGUGUAGCUUGUUGAUGUUGGGCUGU